AUGUUGGACUUCGAUAUUAUAAUUGUGGGCACCGGAAUUUCCGGUAUCAACUUCGCUUAUCGUCUAAAAGAGCGUCAUCCGUCUCUCAGUUACUGUAUCCUUGAAGACCGCCACGAAAUCGGUGGAACAUGGAGCCUUUUUCAGUAUCCUGGUAUCAGGUCAGACUCAGACCUAUACACCUUCGGAUUUGCAUGGAAUCCCUGGACUGGAAAGAAUUCUAUCGUUCAUGGCUCUCUGAUACGCGACUAUAUCGAGGAGUCCGCUGUCAAAGAAGGCAUCGACAGCAAGAUUCGGUUCGGCCACAGAGUGAAAGGAAUGAGAUGGUCGUCAUCCUCAAAUUCAUGGACUUUUGAUAUUACAGUCAAUUCCGCCGCCGAACGCCUUUCCUUGACUAGUCGCUUUGCGUUUCUGGGCACAGGCUACUAUGACUACCAGAAGCCUCUCGAUGCAAAAAUCCCAGGGCUUUCCAACUUCCAAGGAAAGGUCAUCCAUCCACAAUUCUGGCCCACCGACUUCGACUAUACGGACAAGAAGAUUGUGAUUAUUGGCUCUGGCGCUACGGCAAUUACAUUGCUUCCCUCGCUCGCCAAAAGUGCACAAGUAACCAUGCUUCAGCGCUCGCCUACUUACAUCGCAUCUCUUCCAAGCGAGGGUGGAUUCGAAGCAUUUGCUUUGAAAUUCCUACCGGGGUUCUUAGCAAACCGGCUGAUUCGCCUGAAAUGGAUGCUAUUUUCUUUCUUCAUGGUGUCUUUCUGUCGUCUUUUUCCUCAGAUGGCUAAGGCCUUUCUCCUACGCAGGACGGCCAAGCUUCUACCCCCGGGCAUGAACCUCGAGCCAGACUUCAUUCCUUCAUAUAAUCCCUGGGAGCAGCGUUUAUGUUUGUGUCCGGAUGGUGAUUUCUUUGAUGCUAUCAAGAGUGGAAAGGGAAGUAUUAAAACUGGGAGGAUCGAGAACAUCACAGCGUCGGCUAUAAGAUUGACAUCUGGCGAGGAAUUGCAUCCAGAUAUUAUCGUGACAGCGACUGGGCUCAAAUUAUCAACUGGGGGUGGCAUUGGGAUUACUAUCGACGGGAAGCCAUAUGAGAUCUCGGAUCACUUUACCUGGAGAACUGCAAUGGUGGAAGGGUUGCCUAAUGUAAUGUUAUCGUGGGGCUAUGUCGACGCGAGCUGGACACUUGGUGCGGAUUCUACUGCGCAGCUGGCAUGUCGGUUGUUGGCAAAAAUGAAAGAAGAUGGUGUAUCGGCGAUAGUUCCACGAAUGACGGCCGAGGAGAGAAAUAGCAGUAGGUUCGAAGAGCGCCCGUUUCUUCGAUUAAAAGCGACAUAUGUGAAGGAAGGUGGGAGUGAGUUCCCCAAAGCCGCCUCCAUAGCUCCGUGGCAGCCACGUUCGUAUUUCUGGAGAGAUAUCGCAAUCUCACGGUGGGGUGACAUUGAGACUGGGCUGGAGUGGUUGAAAUACUAG